AUCUCUAGCUCUCUUAAGGUUUCAAUUCUCUUGAAAGAUUGAUCUAAGCAAAGGGCAGAAAUGGCGAAAAUAGGAAGUUUUCUGGUGACUUAUUCGCUUCUGAUUUGUUGCUUGGCAGCCACUGGUUAUGGGGAAGUCUUGUUUUCUAGCCUCAAGAAAAGCCUUGAGGUUUCUGUGAAGCAUAAACAAGGCCAAGUUCUGAAGGCGGGGGAUGACGAAAUCACAGUAACAUGGUCAUACAACAGCAGUAGCCCGGCUAAGACGGACUCAAGCUACAAGAACGUGAAGGUGAAGCUAUGCUACGCGCCGGUGAGCCAAGUGGACCGCGCGUGGAGAAAGACGGAAGAUCAUUUGAAGAAGGACAAAACCUGCCAGUUCAACAUCGCCACUAAGCCCUACAACCCCAAACCCAACACCCUGAAAUGGAAGAUAGAGAGGGAUGUGCCCACCGCCACUUUCUUCGUCAGGGUUUACGCCUACAACGCCGAGGGUCACGAGGUCGGCUAUGGCCAAAACACCGACGCCAAGAAGACGCAGAACCUCUUCCAAAUUCAGGCCAUCAGCGGCCGCCACGCCACGCUCGACAUCUGCUCCGUCGUAUUCUCCGUCUUCUCCGUCGUCUCGCUCUUUGGGUUCUUCUUCCUGGAGAAGAGAAAGGCGAAGAGCGCACAGCAGAAGUAAUAAGCUAAGGACUGCUAUGUCGUCCUGGCCGGCCUGGGGAUUGUGUUCUGGGCGCGCUUUCAACAUAUAUUUCUUUUUCUUAACUUCUGUCUGGCAAUUAAUAGCAUAUCAUAUCAUAUCAUGUGUACGUAUUAACUUGUGUUUAGGUAGAAUUGCCCUUGUUUGGGUUGAAAAUUAAAGAUCAUCAAUUUUCAUAUAUUAUA